GACAUCGUUACGGGAUUGCUCUGCUUCCGUGUUUACACACCCUCGAAAAAGGAGGAGACUGGGACCAAACGGCGUAAGUUCACCAGCGAAGGCACACAACGAUUUGCGGAGAAAAGUGACACAUUGGGGGACUGCAUGGUAAAAAGGAGGAAACCCCUUCUUCCAUAAUAGCCUUCUACAGCGGAAUGUUUUCACGAAGGGGCCAUGGAGACGUCAAGAAAUCUACACAGAAAGUUCUGGACCCAAAGAAGGAUGUCCUGACCCGGCUGAAGCACCUCCGCUCACUGCUAGAUAUCAUCGACAAGAGUGAACUGAAGCCGUUCUUCGAGUCCAACUGUUCUCAGAUUUAUUUUAUCUUCUAUGAAAAUUUCAUUAUACUGGAAAGCAACUUAAAGCAAAAAGGGAACAAAUCGCAACGGGAGGAGCUGGACUCCAUUCUCUUUAUUUUUGAAAAGAUUCUUCAACUUCUACCGGAGAAAAUUUGCAGUAGAUGGCAGUUUCACAGUAUAGGUUCCAUUCUGAAAAAGCUUUUGCACACGGGGAACUCGUUCAAGAUCCGCUGCGAGGGGAUCCGGCUCUUCCUGCUGUGGCUGCAGGCGCUGCAGCAGAACUGCGCGGAGGAGCAGUGCCUGAUCUUCGCCUGCCUGGUGCCGGGCUUCCCCGCCGUCCCCUCCUCCCGGGGGCCCUGCACCCUGGACACCAUCAUCUACAACCCCUUCUCCAACCCGCCGGACGCCAAGGUGGUCCCCGAGGAGAUCACUCCGCUCGUCCCAGCCGUGCCUGGCGAGAAGGUGGCCGACGACCAGACCUGCUACAUCCUCCAAACCCUCCUCAAGUUCAUGGUUGUCCAGGCCUCCAGUCUGGAGUGGAAGAACAGAGAGAACCAGGACAGCGGUUUCAGGUUCCUCUUCGCUCUGUUCAAGAAGUACUACCUUCCCCACCUCUUCCCCUCUUUCACCAAGCUCACCAACCUCUAUAAGCCUCUCCUAGACCUCCCCCACCACAGACCAAAGCCCCUGUACGUGCCGGUGACGCGCAACAACGAGAGCACCUUCUGCACGCGCGACCAGUACCUGGCGCCCCGCGUGGCCUUCAUCACCUGGCUGGUCACCUUCUUCCUGGAGAAGAAGUACGUCAGCGCAGCGGCGGCCGCGCCCAGCUCCAAGAACGGCGCCGAGGUCCUGCCCAAGAUCAUCCAGACCGUGACUGCGGGCAGCAGCGGUCAGGAGAAGGCGGCGGCGGCGGCGGCGGCGGCGGGGGCGGAGCCGGAGCCCAACGGGCCGGCGGAGCAGGAGAAGAGCCACUCCAACAGCAGCACGCUGUCGGACCGGCGGGCCAGCACCUCCAGCGUCUGCAGCAUCGAGGAGGAGCACCGCUGCGUCUACGACAUGGUGCACUGCAUCCUGCUCUCCACCCGCGACAACGUCAACUUCGUCAACGAGGUCUUUCACCAGGCCUUCCUGUUGCCCUCCUGCGAGGCCUCGGCGACCCGGAAGGUGAUCAAGGUUUACAGGAAGUGGAUCUUGCAGGACAAGCCAGAGUUCAUGACUGAGCCAGACAAGGACAGCCAGGAGGAGGGGGAGGAGGCUGCAGAGCAGCUAGUAGAGACAGAGACUGAUAACGCACAAAUACAGGCGCUGGUGAUGCACGGGCACAGGCGCUCCUCCAGCUGGGGCCGAACGUACUCCUUCAGCAGCGCCAUCAGCCGGGGCUGCCUCACCGAGACCAACAGCCAGCCCGUCAAGGCCGGCGUCCAGUCCACCCUGCAGGUUUUCCUGACCAACUCGGCCAACGUCUUCCUGCUGGAGCCCUGCCAGGACGUGCCCAAGCUGCUGGAGAACCAGGUGGAGGUGUGCAAGGGCGUGCUCAGCAUCUACCGCCGCAUGAUCAUGGACCACACCAUGAACCGCAAGACCUGGGAGCAGAUGCUGCAGGUGCUGCUCAGGAUCACGGAGGCGGUGAUGAAGCGGCAGCAGGACAACCAAAGAAAGGACCCCUUCGCCGAGAGCCUGGCUGCUCUCCUCUUCAGGACCAUCAUCGUGGCGUGGGUGCGGGCCAACCUGAGCGUCUUCAUCUCGCGGGAGCUGUGGGACGAGCUGCUGAGCGUGCUCUCCUCGCUCACCGACUGGGAGGAGCUGGUGAGCGAGUGGUCCAGCAUCAUGGACUCCCUGACGGCUGUGCUGGCCCGCACCGUCUACGGCCUGGACAUGAGCAGCCUGCCCCUGGACAAGCUGAGCGAGCAGAAGGAGAAGAAGCAGCGGGGCAGAGGGGUGAUCAAGGACUCGCAGGCGGCGGCGUCGGUGGGGCGCUCCUUCUCCCUCAGCUGGAGGAACCAGGGGGACGCGGGGGUGCAGGAGCCCAUGCGCUUCCGCAGCGCCACCACGUCCGGCGCCCCCGGCGUGGAGAAGGCCCGCAACAGCGUCCGGCAGAAAGCCACGGCUAAGCGAAGCCAGUCUAUCAGCAACUGCGUUCACCUUUACGAGGCUUUGCCCGCUACUAAAAGCGUCCCUCUGCUGCUCCACACUGUCAGCUCUUUCUUACCUGGCGUCUCUUCCAACUCUUGCGCUCACCGGCUCUCAGAUGUGGAAGAGGGGCAGCUGUCAGAGUGCGGGGGUGAGGGCGACCUGGAGGACGGAGAUGCCACGCCCCUCCCGCGAAGCAGCAGCACCUCUGACAUCACGCAGCAGACUUCGGACGCCUUCCAAGGCCAGAAGCGGGAAUACUCUCCCGCCGGCAGCGUGGACGGCAGGACGGGCGUGUCCGAGAACGCCGCGGCCGGGAGGAGGGACGGCGAGCCCCCCGUGAUUAUGAUUCGUCGGAGCAGUAGUCCCGCAGAGCUGGACUACCCCGGUGACGGGCAGGUGCCAUUUGGCAGGACCAAAAUUCGGGAGAAAAGCGAGAGCAUCAGCAGCGAGACGUCCAACGGCUACCUGAACGACGGCGACGUGGGCCUGCUCUCGUGGCAGGCCUUCGAGGAGGAGGCCGACGCCCAGUCCGCGCACGACGCCACCGCCGCCGACGCCGAUUCCCAGCGCAGCCUCCUGAUGAGCCACGCCGCGGAGCUGGCAGGUUCUGAGUCUGCCCUCCCUCCCCACGCCACACCCCCGUCCCGCCCCCAGCACCCCCCUGCCUCGCCAGCUUUCCUAGUGCCCCCUGAGUGCCAGGACUGCCCCCCUCUCCUGGAGGACUCCAUGCACCAGUCUGUGUUGCACUUGCCAGAGGACCGGGACAGCAGCGAGUGCCUGACGGACGACAUCAGCAUCAUCGCCGGGGGCAGCCUGACGGGCUGGCACGCCGACUCGGCCGCCGUGCUCUGGAGGAGGAUCCUGGGAAUCCUGGGCGACGUCAACAGCAUCCGCUGCCCCAGGAUCCACGCCCGGGUCUUCACCCACCUCUACGACCUCUGGCGCAAGCUGGCCAAGAUCAGGGACAAUCUGGGGAUCAGCGUGGAUAAUCAGUCGUCGCCGCCCCAGCCCGUCCUCAUCCCGCCCCUCAGGAUGAUGGCCUCCUGGCUCUUCAAGGCCACUACGUUACCGGCAGAGUUCAAGGCCGGGAAGCUGCAAGCCUAUAAGCUGAUCUGUGAGAUGAUGACCAAGCAGCAGGACGUCCUCCCCAACAGCGACUUCCUGGUGCACUUCUACCACGUCAUGCAGAAGGGCUUCAACAGUGAUGACCAGGACGUCCUGAACACGGUGAUCCGGCACUGCUCUCCGCGCUUCUUCUUCCUGGGGCUCCCGGGCUUCACCAUGCUGGUGGGAGACUUCAUCCAGGCAGCUGCGCGGGUGCUCAAAUCGGACUCCCCCGAGGCACCCAGGGUUGAAGCCCAGACGAUUCUGGGGUCGCUGGUCUGCUUCCCCAACCUGUACCUGCAGAUGCCCCUACCGCAGUCCGCACCAGGAAGCACCGACAUCAGCACAAGCAACGAGGGAGUUAAGGACUACCUGAUCAACAUCCUGCUCCUGACGGCGCGGAGCGAGCCGUGCGAGAGAGCCAGGUGCAUCGCCAUUUGCAGUCUCGGGGUGUGGAUCUGCGAGGAACUGGUUCAGCAGACGCACCACUCCCGAUUGAGGGAGGCCAUAAACAUCCUUGGUGUUACACUAAAGUUCGGGAACAAGCUGGUGGCGCAGACGGCCUGCGACGUCUUCCAGCUGCUCAUCUGCCACUGGCGCCACCUCCAGAAGACCGACCGCUCGCUCCCCAAGAAGAUCACCGAGAUUUUCAUAGCCACCAUCACGUUCCUGCUGCCCAGCGCGGAGCACUCGACAGUGGAGGCCGAUAAGAAGCUGAUAGUGUCCCUGCUCCUCUGCGCACUGGACUGGUGCAUGGCCCUCCCGCUGAGCACUCUCCUGGAGCCCGUGACCAUGCCCGUACUAGAUGACCCCUCAUCCCACAAGGCCCCUCUUCUGGACUACAUAUACAGGGUGCUGCACUGCUGCGUCUCCGGCUCCAACCUCCACACCCAGCAGAGCCACUACCUCCUCAGCCUGCCCGACCUGGCCGCCAGCGACUACGAGCCCUUCCUCACCCUGGGCAACGUCAGGAGCUCCGAGCCGCCGCCGCUGCCCCACUCCGCCGCCGAGUUCGGCAACCUGCUCACCGUGGCCGAGGAGAAGAAGAGGCGGAGCAUGGAGCUGAUCCCGCUGACAGCCCGGAUGGUGAUGACGCACCUGGUGAACCACCUGGGUCACCACCCGCUCAGCGGCGGCCCCGCCCUCCUGCACAGCCUGGUCAACGAGAACCACGACAACCUGUACGUGGAGUCGUCGGAGCUGUCCUCGGAGGUCUUCAGGAGCCCCAACCUGCAGCUCUUCGUCUUCAACGACAGCACGCUGGUGUCCUUCCUGCAGAUCCCGCCCCUCGGCGAGCCCCCCGGCGAGCCCCCCGCCGGGCCCUGCCCGGGGACGGCCGCCCUGCCCGAGGUGAGGGUGAUCGUGCGGGACAUCUCGGGGAAGUACUCCUGGGACGGCGGGGUCCUGUACCGCCCCCCGGAGGGCGAGGCGUCGCGCCGCGGACCCGCCGUCGCCGCCGGAACGCUCGACCCGUCCUCGAACCCCCGCGUCCCGGACGAGACCGCCGCCCCCCGCCCCGGGGGCGGCCCCGCGGACGCCGAGGAGGACGAGGAGGAGGAGGAGGAGGACGUCCUGGACCGGCUGCUGGAGAGCCUGGGCCAGAGCAGCCCCGAGUGCCUCCCCCAGCCCCGCCUCCGGCUCAACCAGCCCGCCCCCUCGCCCUUCGGCAUGAACCCCGAGCAGGAGGCCGCCAUCACCGAGGCCGUGCUCCGCCAGACCCUGCUGGAGGAGGAGCACGCCCGCCGCUGGUGCGGCACCCCAGGGGCCCGCGCCGCCCCCCAGCUGGAGCCCGCGCCCCAGGACCCCAGCGCGCCCUUCUACUUCUGCAGGCUGCUGCUCAACGACCUGGGCAUGAACUCGUGGGACCGCAGGAAAAACUUUCACCUCCUGAAGAAGAACUCGAAGCUCUUGAGAGAAAUUAAGAAUUUGGAUUCCAGGCAGUGCAGGGAGACGCACAAGAUUGCGGUGUUCUACAUCGGGGAGGGGCAGGAGGACAAGUGCUCCAUACUGUCCAACACCGAGGGGAGCCAGGCCUACGAGGACUUUGUGUCUGGACUGGGCUGGGAGGUGGACCUGGCCACGCACUGCGGCUUCAUGGGCGGCCUGCAGAGGAACGGCAGCACCGGAAGCACCGCGCCCUACUACGCUACCUCCACCGUGGAAGCCAUCUUCCACGUGUCCACCCGCAUGCCCUCCGACUCCGACGACUCCCUCACCAAAAAGGUACCUCACCGCGCCCCGCGACCGCCCUUCGCACCCGCACCCACGGCGUCCGGCGUGUUCGAGUCAGCGGGGUCCGCCUCUCCCCCCCGCUGGCCCCGCCCCUCCUUCGCUGUAAGGGCCGGCCCUCGGCCGCGGCGGGAGGCGGGCCUCUCCCCCGCGUGGCGUAUGGUGCCCGACUUUCGCUAG